AUGGUGUCAGACGAGAAAAUCCUGGACGCUUACAGGCUGAUGGCCAGCGGUGAGGGGGUGUUCUGCGAGCCAGCGUCGGCUGCGGGUGUUGCUGGUCUGCUCAAGCACUCCGAGGCUGGGCUGGACCUUGAAGGCAAGAAGGUCGUGUGCAUCAUCACAGGCUCCGGCCUGAAGGACCCGGACCUGGCGAACGAGAUCGAGCCGACGUGGAUGGAGGAGUACCCUCCCGACCUGGCGGCUGUCGAGCAGGCGCUGUCGGUUGAGUAG